CUUACCACUAGCCUCGGUCCGUCAAGUAGCCGUCACUAAACUAAUCACUUGGUGGUCGCGAAGUUAUGUCGUCAUAGGAAAACGCCGCUGUUGAGCGACAAGUUUAAAGAUUUCUGCUUGCAGGUGAGGUGGUGUUUAGCAGCCCAGUACCAGUUAGCUCAAACAACCGGUUGCGCUGGGACCUGAACCCUGAGCAGAUCCAGCAGCUGUGUGACGAGCUCAUCGUCAGCACCAAGGAGGUGUACGACCAGGUUGGAGUUCUGGACCUGGACAAUGUCACAUUUGAGAACACGCUGAAGGCCCUUGCUGACGUGGAAGUCGACUACACCGUCCAGAGGAACAUGUUGGACUUCCCGCAGCAUGUGUCUUCCUGUAAGGAGGUCCGUGCGGCGAGCACAGAUGCCGACAAACGUCUGUCCGAGUUCGAUGUGGAGAUGAGCAUGAGAGAGGACGUGUACCAGAGGAUUGUGGCCCUGGAGAAGAAGGUUGGAACAGACAGUCUGACUGCAGAGUCAAAGCGUUACAUGGAAAGACUGAUCAAACUGGGGAAGAGGAACGGCCUCCACCUGCCCAAAGAAGUUCAAGAGGAGGUCAAAGCUAUUAAGAAGAAAAUGAGCAACCUUUGCAUUGACUUCAACAAGAAUCUGAACGAAGAUACCACCAGUCUGUCCUUCAGCAGAGACGAGCUGGGUGGCCUCCCUGAGGACUUCCUGGGCUCCUUGGAGAAAGAUGGAGAGAAGCUGAAGGUCACUCUGAAGUAUCCUCAUUACUUCCCCACCAUGAAGAAAUGCUACAUGCCAGAAACCCGUAGGAAGCUGGAGGAGGCGUUCAACUCCCGCUGCAAAGUGGAGAAUUCGGGCAUCUUGAAGGAGCUGAUUGAGCUUCGGGCUAAGAAGAGCUCACUGCUGGGCUUCAGCACGCACGCUGACUUCGUCUUGGAGAUGAACAUGGCCAAGUCUGGGAAGAAGGUGUCCACCUUCCUGGAGGAGUUGGCUAAUAAGCUAAGCCCUCUGGGGGAAGAAGAGCAAGCGGUGCUUCUCAAACUGAAGGAAGAAGAGUGUAAGAAGAGGAGUCUGCAUUUCAGCGGACAGCUGCACGCCUGGGACACCCGCUACUUUAUGACCCAGGUGGAGGAGACUCAGUAUGCAGUGGAUCAGAACCUCCUGAAGGAGUAUUUUACCAUGGAGGUGGUGACCCGUGGUCUGUUGGACAUCUACCAAGAGCUCCUCGGCCUGUCUUUCGAGUUGGUGGACGGAGCCUCUGUCUGGCAUCCUGAUGUCACCCUGUACAAUGUGAAGGACCAAAGCAGCGGGCAGACGAUCGGCCAGUUCUACCUGGACCUCUACCCCAGGGAGGGGAAGUACGGUCACGCUGCCUGCUUCGGCCUGCAGCCCGGAUGUCUGCUCCCCGACGGAACGCGGCAGAUGUCGGUGGCAGCCAUGGUGGCCAACUUCAGCAAGCCCACAGCCGAUGCCCCGUCGCUGCUGCAGCAUGACGAGGUGGAGACAUACUUCCAUGAGUUUGGCCACGUCAUGCACCAGCUCUGUGCUCAGGCAGACUAUGCCAUGUUCAGUGGGACUCACGUGGAGCGUGACUUUGUAGAGGCGCCAUCUCAAAUGUUGGAAAACUGGGUUUGGGAAAAGGAGCCACUGCAGAGGAUGUCCAAACAUUACAAGACAGGAAACCCCAUCCCAGACGAACUGCUCGACAAGCUCAUCAAGUCCCGCCUCGCCAACACUGGUCUAUUCAACCUGAGGCAGAUUGUUCUGGCUAAACUGGAUCAGGCUCUUCACACCAAGACUGGACUCGAUGCUGCAGAGGAGUAUGGACGCCUCUGUCAGGAAGUCCUGGGAAUCCAGGCUUCACCAGGAACCAACAUGCCAGCAACCUUUGGACACUUGGCCGGUGGCUACGAUGCUCAGUACUACGGUUAUCUGUGGAGCGAGGUGUUCUCCAUGGACAUGUUCUACGCUCGUUUCAAACAAGAGGGAAUCAUGAACCCAAAGGUGGGUCUGGACUACAGGAAAUGCAUCCUACGACCUGGUGGCUCUGUGGACGCGUCUGACAUGCUGAGGAAGUUCCUCGGGCGGGAGCCCAAACAAGAAGCGUUCCUCCUGAGCAAAGGACUAACGGUGGAGCUGGGUACUGGCACGCCGUGUCCCUGCUGACCAAUCCGUGCCGUCUGCUCCAACCCAGCUACGACAGAACGACGGACUGAGCAGGUUUUCUAGAAAACACAGUACACUGUUACUUAACGUGGGAAAAAUGACCCAGAAAUAAAAGAUUACAGUUGA